ACGCGCCGCGCCCGGCGGUCCCGGCUGCGUGGGCCGCUCGGGUGCGGCUGGGCGCUGCGGCUGCGGUGGCUGCCGCCGCGGCGGGCGCGAUGGAGGCCGUGCCGGAGCCCCGCACGCUCGCCGGGGGCGGCCGAGGCAGCCGGAGGGGCUGGUAGAUGCGGCGGCGGCCGCGGCGGCGGCGGCGGCCCGGGCUCUCCAUGAGCGAGCGGUGGCGGCGACGGGUGCGGCGGCACGGUGGUCUUCGGUCCCGCGGGAGGAUGAAGACACUGUUUGAAGAGAUCAAAGCAUCAAUUAAAAAUAACUAUAACCAAGAUCGAUCAUUUUGGAGGCCUGUUCUUCCUUGGGGAGGAGUUUUUACCAUCAAAGCUGGCCGCAAAGCAGUAUCCUGUACACCCCUCUAUGUUGAAAUCAGACUGAAAAAUACCUGCACCAUAGAUGGAUUCUUGAUGUUACUGUAUGUCAUUCUUAAUGAAAAUGAAAGUUUCCCCAGGGAACUCUCUCUCCAUUUUGGCAGGGAGUUUGUAGACUGUUUUCUUUAUUUAAUGGACACCUACAGUUUUACAACUGUGAAGCUACUUUGGAUUUGGGACAAGAUGGAAAAACAGCAAUACAAAUCUGAAGUUCAUAAAGCUUCAUUAAUAAUUGAUUUGUUUGGGAAUGAGCAUGAUAAUUUUACAAAAAACCUUGAAAAUCUCAUGUCUACCAUUCAAGAGAGUUACUGCUCUAACUGGCGCUGUCCGACCCGAGUGCAGGAAGAUCAGCAGCGCACAAUUAGUAUAAAUCCUCCCCAAGAAAUUCCACAUGGAAACUUGAUUCGACUGGCUGUGGAUGAGUUAUUCAGUUCCAAGAUUGAACUUUGUGAAGAGCGUGGGUGUGGUGGCUUAAGAGAAUUUUCCCAACGAAUUUUCUGCCAUGGAGCACCCCCUUUUGUUGUGUUAAACAUGCAGCAUUGGAAACCUGAAGAUCUGGCAUAUGUACCCUAUUACUUGGAUUUAUCUGAUCACAAGUAUUUGCUGGAAGGUGCCACUCUAUUUAACAAAGAGGAACAUCAUUAUUCUGCAGCUUUCCAGAUUGAUGGACAUUGGAUGCACUAUGAUGGCCUCAGAAAUGUGAAUUUAAUUUUGUUAAAUAAACCCCCAGAGUUUCUCCUCUUGUCAUCAUUGGUUUAUAUUCGAGCAACAGAGAAAUAAAUAUAGACUGAUGCUGAAUAAAAUUGUUCUCCCGCUUACCCAUGCUCCCUAGAUGAAGGGCUCUUGUUCUGUAUAUACUUGGUAUCCAAGGAAUCAGUUCAACUAUACUAGUUUCAGAGAUGUAUUUUUCAUUGUUUUGCCCCAGGUAAAUGUUUUAUAUGAAAAAUCUAUGCAAAAAUGUAUUUUUAAGUAUUUUCUGGGUUAUUUUUAUACAGGCAUAUGUUAUGUUCAAAUAAAAUGUUAUCUCGUG